AUGAGUGGCUUAACUACAAAUACUGGAGACCUAAACCAACAACAUGAAUGGUCGCUCAGAGAAUGCCAAAACAGUAUCGCCUCGUCACUAAGCAGGGCAGCCUUGCUCUGCUAUGAAGUCGGCGAUUAUAGGAAAGCCGAGGAAUAUGAAGAAGAAGUAAAGAGGCGAUUUGAAGGAUCUCAUGGAGAUGAUGCGAUGAGGGAUUAUCUCUGUAGUGCAAGCCGACUAGCCCUGUAUCGAUUAGGGGCUGGAAAGCUCAAGCAGACACUCGAGCUUGGUGAGCAAACCCUUCAAAGCCAAAAAAAUCUCAAACAAGUGGGACUGGACCACAUCAAUACAUUUGAAACUAUGUCAAUAUUGCUCAAAAUAUACCUGUCAUUGGGCAAAUAUGACCAAGUACAAACAAUGUCACAGGCCAUACUUCAGGGAU